AUGAAGGAUUUUGUCGACUGUGAAAUUGCAGAGCGUGGCUACUUCUUUGACACCUGUCCCGAUGAAGGGAUAGCACCCCUCGAUGACUUACCAAGGCCGGUCGACCCAUUCAACAUAGAAACUUACUUCACCUCCUGCCCACCUUCUAGCGAUUACAUGUACAAGGAGCCCCUGGCUGCUUCAUCCUGCCACACCCCUUGUAGUCAUGGCAACGGGACGGUCCAUGCCGGUCUCAAUAUCACUUUCAAAGCAGAUCCAUGGACUUCUGAGCAUUUGCAAGCCAUCACGAUCUCGCUGCGAAGUCAUUCAAGCGUUCACCACGUACACUGCGUCACAUUCCGAUUUAACGGAAAUGGACUUUCGCAGGCUGCAUUGGAACAGGUAUAUUGAUUUUUCUUUAUUUUCUCAUGGAUUCUUUGUAGACGAUAUCGUUGUGUCAGUGCAAGAACACCCUUGACACCACGCUUUUGCGCGUGAAUGCAAAAACGCCCCCUGGAAGCACGCGAAAAUGUGUUGCUACAGGAGUUCCUGCAGCGACGCAACAAUAUCUUUUCUUUGCAUCUCCUUUUCAACUAUUGUUUUCAUCAUUUAAAUUAAUGUAAAAUGUGGAAAAUAUAAGUGGAUGAUGAUACAGGAGAGAUAUGUAUUUUUACAUGUAUGUUUACUGAGGAAUAUUCUAUAUAAUUCUGCUCGGUGAGUUGUUAAGUGAUAUACCUUUGGCCAAUCUGUUGCAUAGGCGACAAACACUUGUUUUGCCAGAACUGCAUGUUGGGCUGGUUGCUAUGUUGCUGAUAAACAGAAUGAGUUCACCUUUGAAAUGAAUUUUCGAUGGAGUUCAUUGUGGGUGGAUAUUGGAGCAUCAGGCUUGAAUGGUUUGGCUUUCAAAACACCUUAGUGGUGAUUAAUCAUUAUUAUUAUAAUAAAUAUAGUGCUCUGUGGGAAUUGAUAGCAAAGACAUGGAUUUGGGAUAUUUUUAUUUUACUGAAUUAUUUUCUACAUGUGAAAGGCAGGGUUUGGGGUAUGAUUACUUUCGUGAAGAACAAUCUAAUAGGCAUUGGUGAUUGUUCAUUUUAAUAAGGAUAUCCUUAUAAACAAUGAUUUGUGUAUUUUCAAUGAAAAUUUUGGGCAGCGUUUCACUCAUUUUUGGUACUUUGGUGGAUGGAAUUCUGGGAUAUAAAUUACACACAAGAUGGGAUGAUACAAGCAUUAAAUUGCCUGUUAAACUCAAUCUGGUCAAAGGAAUGACUUGGGUCAUUGAUAAUCACUCAGUUAUUUGUGUGGAGAUUAAAUCCUGUAAGAAUUGAUUUUUUAAAAAUAUUUUUGAUUCCCCCAUUUUGUAAGGAAUUUCACAGAAUAGAUCUAUUUUACUCCAAGGUCUACUAUAUAAUGAGAAGGCGAAAGGCAGUGUUCUUUCUAACAUCUGUGAAUACCGUUUUGAUACAGUGGUUUAUAUUCAGAAAAUAAUUUCAUCAUAUAUGUUGAAAAAAGAUUAGAAAGAAUAUUUCAUUGACUCUAUUAGAAAGAAUAUUUCAUGGACUCGUUUGACCAGUCUUGUGAGGAGUAAAACAUGUUUAAAUAACAUGAAAUCAUAUUCAAUUGUUUCUAUAAGGCUCCACACUAACUUUUUUUCUUGGUGGCCCAAUCGGUCCAUCAAAGCAAUAAAUUUCAUAUUUUUGGUGGCCCGCAAAGAAAAUUUAGUGGCUCUAACAAAAUGUAGAAAAUAUUACAAUUUAUCAAAACAUUGGUAGCCCAACAGGGCCACCAAGUGUUGGCAUUUACAGAAUAUUGGUGGCCUGACUCUCAUUUUUGGUUGCCCCGGGCCAUUGCUAAUGUUGAGCCCUAUUAUAACAAACAAUGAUUUAAAUGGUAUAUCUAUUUGAAAUCAAACUAUUGGCCUAUAUUUCACACACAAUUAAGGUUUGGAGGUUAGGAUUGAUAAUGGUAUGUUGAUUAAAAGGGGAAUCGUUACUAUAGUCUUCAUUUACAAAAAAAGAAAAUGGCUGUUUUAUCAGAGAUGACCAUUGGUUAGUCUUUAUUUUAUUUUCCUGCUUUUUCUAUAUCAUGUAUAUUUCCUAGAAAACCUGUCCCCCUUUCCUCCACAGUCCCAUAGAAACAAAUACCCCCAUAGAUAUUAUCUCACCAAAUAAUACACAUUAAUCUGAUUUUCCUGCAAUUCAUUCAUCAGGAUAGAUAUAACAUGCAUCAUGUAAAUUUAUGUAGAAAUCCUUGUCCACUUUCCCUCCAUAGUCCUAUAGAAACAAUGAAAUACCCCUUUACGCCCCCCCCUAGUCUGCAGACACAGACCCUGAUUGAAACUUUGAUCAGCAAGUGUGUCUCCACGCAAAGACUAGCAAAUUCAAAGCUUGCUGUUUCGGGCCUUCUGUACACAAGGCAUGGGUAGGCUGCACAUUCAGACCCUUAACUCGAGUGAAAGGUUUGCACAGCAGACUACCCCCCCCCCCCCGCCCGAUAUAUCUCACUGAAUAAUACACAUAAUGCAAUUCAUCUUGAGAGGUAUACAAUACAUCAUGUAUACAUAAAUCCUGGUGGGUGUUUCAUAAAGAUGUUCGUAAGUUAAGAGCGACUUUAAGAAUGCCUGGUGAACCUUUCUUAUGCGCUUGAUAAAUUAACAAUGAAUAUUUAAUGGUGAACAUCAUUUACCACAAGAAAGGAUCAUUAGUCGUUCUUAAAGAUAAAUUCCAGUUGUGGGGACGAUCUCAAAAAUUACUUUUCACAGAAUUUAAUAUAAUGAUCACCAAAGUGUCUGUUUGUAUGAAUAAAAAAUAUGUGCCAAAGGAUUCUGGAAGAAAUUGUGUAAUUGCUGAGAAAUAAGCAAAAUAUUCCAGCAAUAAUAAUACGCUGUCCCACGUGUGCCUAUCUGUGUUGGCGAUCUUCAGUGUGAUCGUUUUUUAGCUUAGAUAUUAUGAUUUCACAAAGUUCAGUUUAUGUAACUGUACCAGAUCUAGAUCCACGAUGAUAUAGUAAUACUUAAUCUUGGUUUUACAGACUUUCUCACGAAUCAGUAUUUUACUGCAACUAUACUGUCAUUUAGCUUUAAAGUCGCUCUUAACUUACAAACAGCUUUAUGAAGUGGCCCCCUGGCCUUCUUUCCCUCCAUAUAUACUCCCUAGAUCAAUCUCACCAAAUAAAUCUGGGUCGAAUUUCAUAAAGACUAAUGAUAACAAAUGAACAAUUUCUAUAACAAUUUUACUAUCAGCCAAUCAAAUUGAUGGAUUUCAGUAGCUUCAGACUGUUAUUGUAAAUUUUUAGUAUAACAAGUUUUAUGAAAUGAACUCCAGGGGCCGGUUUCAUAAAGGAUUUACAACUGUUGUAACUUUGCCAUUAUAGCAACUACCAUGGCAAUAGGGCUCAGUAGCCAGUCAAAAUCAAGGUUACCAUGGAAGUUGUCACAGUGGCAAAGUGGCAUUAGUUAUAACUCUUUAUGAAAUAGCCCCCAGAUUUAGCUGCAAUUCGUGGUUUUUAAAGUGAUAAUACCUCAUUUGGGCUCUCAAAGAAAUGAAAACUUUUCAUAGUAGAAAUAAAAUAAAAAAGAAUAAGAGGAAGUAAAAAAAUCAUCUCAAACAAUUUCAUUGCAAGUUUUGUCCUGGUUUUGAGUUGGAGUCAUACAUGUUAAAUUAAGAACUGUUUAAAAUGAUUCAAUUCCUCAAUAAUUCUUUGCUUUUGGCCAGCCAACAGUGAGUUCUAUAAAAUCAAUCACUGGAAAUAGUCUGAAGUAGAAUAUAAAAAAGGUAGAAACUCACAUCAGGACUCUAAAUGGAGUUUAAUUCAUUACUUUAUGUAAUGCAGGGAGUGGCUGUCAAAUUGUAAAGUAAAAUGCAAAUAGAACCCAUUUUUUAGGGGUUACAUGUACAUGGCUAGUGAACCGAAAAACAUGAGUGAAAUAAAAUGAAUAUGUCAAAGGUCUAGAUAAACUUAUUAUUAUUUUCUGUUUAUUAGGUAAACAUGAUUUUGUAUGACAGUGUUAACAAGCACAUCUUUCAUGUGUACUGUUGACCAAGUCGCAUCCUGUUUGAAAAAUACAGAUUUGCCCAGUCAUUGUGGCAUUGUGGAUGGUUAAUAGUAAAUGAGAAAUAUUUGCUGAUUAAUACAUUUACACUGCAUACAACUUGUAUAGUUCUUCAAAAAAAGGUGAUGUAAAUGAAUUGCCACAAAUUCAUCAGGUCCAGCCAUUUGUUCAGCAAUGAUAAUAAAUUUUAUUUUACAAAAUCUACUGUACAUUAAAAAAUGUUAUCAACAGGAGAAGUUAGUUCAAACAGUUAUAGAAUUAUUCUCCUCUUUAGUCACACGGAAAAAUGGGUGGAAAAAAAUGGAAAUGUUUCUAAAUGAUGAAAUUUUCUUAAAUUGUUGUCUGUCCCUAAUCCCCUAAAAAAAAAUGGAAGACAAUGUGUCUAUGAACAAGAACUUGCUAAAGUUGAAUGAUACGUGUAUUUAAUCUUCAAAUUAUUUCAUUGAUUUCUAAUUUAUAGUUGUUUAAAAAUAAAUUAAAUACUGAUUAAGUUGUGAAAUGUGAAAGACAAUGGGAAAUCAUAUAAAUACUUUUCUAAUGAAUUCUCUCUAUUUCAAAUCCUGAUACAUGAUUGUUGGACUCAGGGGGAAAAAUCUUAAUAUUUGAAGUAAUGAUGCUACGAUUCCAAAUAAUGUUUCUCAUUUUCACCGAUCUUUAUUACCUGAAUGUAAUCAAAUAAAAAGGAGCUACUCUUGUCUGGGCAUGGGCAAGUGGGCUUGCAAGUAACAAGGCUGUUAAUCUAUUUAAUCUGAAGUUUAUUGAUUUCAAUGUCAUAUCAACUUACAGAAGUCCUUUCCAUAUACUACCUUCUUAAGCACCAUUCAUUUUGAUCUGAGUUGUUUUAGUUACUCAUUAACUAUUAACAGGACUGAAUGUAAACACAGAGAAGCAGUUAUGUUGUCAUGUUAAUUUUUUUAUAAGUAUAAAGAGAUUUUAUAAAACAAGUCUAAAAUGAUUUAGAAUCCAAUCCAAUUCAGGAUUUUGUAGAGUGCCAAUCAGAGAUGCUGAUGAGACAGCAAAACCACCAAGACUGAAAGAUUAUAUCGUAAUACUGAAGAUAUGAAAAUGUCUAAAAACAAUUUAAAGGACAUGCAAAUAGAUCAACUUUCCAAGUUAAAUUGUUAAGGCUUUUAACCCUAUAGCACCUGAACCGCCCGAGACCGCCCUUCCUAUUACACACUGAACCGCCCUUAACCGCCCGUACGUUUUCUUUGCGCUAUAGUAUCUCUUGUCUAUGAUUUACCGAGGUAAUAUUGCGUGUGCAUACCGUAUAGGUUGGCUGCUAUAUAGAUCUGCAUAGAAAAGUGUAUGCUCCUAUUGAGUAUAAUAUAGAAAAACCGAUUGACAUGCAUCGGUGUGUAGCAAGUUCCAGACUGUUGCGCAGUCGAUCUCAGCAAAGAUGGCUGCGUCCAUGUCUCGGAAAACCACUUACUUUGCCGAAGAAGCUCGGGCGUUGCUAUAUGUUCAUCAAAACGUUGGAUAUCACACAGAGUGACAUCUAGAUGUGAGUUGGAAUUAAUUUUUGACAUAUUUGAUCCAAGAUUUGGCGAAAACUUUUGUAUUCUGUCAGUGCUGCUUGUAUUAUUCUCCGCAGGCAGCAUCCCUAGGUAUUCUGGAAGAUGUGUAAAAAUGGAACAAUGUAACCAAAAUGACCUCCAUUUUUUAGUGAAAACCUUUAUUCAUUUAUUAAUUAUUUUUUUGAGGGUGGGGGGCUUUUCAAAUUUCUCGGGUCCAAUUCGACCUCCAUUUUGUAGUGAAUAUCUUUUUUUUUUCUUUUGCUUUUCAUAUUCACAUCAACACCCCCAGUAAAAAAAUGUUCCCUGGGCCCUGCAGUCCACUGUAUGUAGAGGAGUAAAAUACCAAAUGACGCAAGUGUUGUGUAGAAGUCAGCGAUUUUUCAUUCACGAUCAUUUGAAUCAUUUUCUUAAAAAAGAGUGAAUAUCAGAUGAUCUCUUUCACAGGUAUUUCCAUGGAAUUCAGACGUAAUGAGACUUUAUUGUCUUUAUUUUUAUCAGUCUUAUGCUGGGUGAUACCACUAUCGAGCUAAAGGUAAUCUUCAGACUACUAAUUAAUCUGAUUGCCAACAAAAUGGUCACAUCCGUUAAACACUAUUUCCUGGAAACGUUUAACUAUUAGGUGGUCAUUAUUUGGCAAGUAGGCCUGUCUUUUGCAUCUAUCAUAGGUGCUUUCAUACCCACCCAAUAAAAAGAAAGAAAUAACUGUAAAUUAUUAGAACUUGAUCAGGUCUCAAAAUACUUGCAUGCAUUCACACCUGUCUGAUUGCAGAUUUAGUUCUCAUCAUAAAGCAAUAUGAAGUUAUGCAUUCUCCAUACCCUACAUGUAAAUAAAAAAAUAUGCUUUCGCACUGCAAAAAAUCUUGUAAUUUUGAAAAGUCUGUCUGAUUUGUUGGUUUUUUCCUUUGGAGGAAUUUACGAGUACUUGUAUUUCAUCCUAGAAAAUUACCAGGGCCCCAUCUUACAAAGAUUGUAACUCUAGACUAUAGAAAUCCAUCAGUGUCAACUUUUUUCUACAGGAUGUCUGCACAAUGUCCUUUCAUUUUUGUAAACAAAGAGAAGCACAGUGAAUUUUCAAGAAAACAAUGAAUGCAUGAAUAUACAUCAUAGUUGGAAAAUAUUUUUAACUAACAUGAAUAAUAUAUGUUGACGUUGCUGGCCGUCCAUAGUUGUGAUUGAUCGGAUCAAUCGCAACUCUUUGUAAGACGGGUCCCUGGUAUUUUUAUGCGAUUGGGUGGCUACAGUGAAAUAAGAUGGGCUUGUUGAAUGUGGCAACACCACAUGAAACUGAAAAGAUGUGUUUUAAAGGGGAAUCCAACCCAAAUAAAAACUUGUUUUUAUAAGAAAAAGAAAAAUCAGACAAGUUGAUAGGUUAAAUUUUGAACAAUAUUGGACAAACAACAAGAAAGUUAUGAAUUUUUAAAAGUUGUAAAUAUUGGUAAUCACUAUACUCAUGGAGACUUCAAAUUGGCCGCAUAUGGGAUGUCAUAGUGAUGUAAGGCAAGGACUACUCUUCAAUGUACUCCAAUACAUAUUAUGGCUAAAAUGUCGUUUUUCCCAAAAGUUUAUUUCAAAUUAUAUUUUUCUUUCAUGAGGACAUUAAACAAUAUACAACCUGGGUUAUAUUUAGAUUACUGCCCCAGGGGAAUGGGAACUUAAGAGAAAACCACAAAUCCCUGAUAAUAAAGUACAUGGUCUAUGGGAAAGUUGUCCUUGCCCCUUGUCAUCAUUUACUUACCCAGUUGCCAAUUUGAAAUCUACAUACUAUUAGUGAUCUCAAUUUUAAAGCAGCUAUAACUUUCUUAUUGCUUGUCCGAUUUCUUUCAAACUUUCACCAUUCUUUUUAAUUUAUUUUUCUCCUUCCCAACACAACAUUUUAUGGCCAAGGCUGGAUUCCCCUUUAAAGAUUUUUUGUUACCAGAGAAAUUGGAUAUAAACACCUGUUUGAUGUUGUUUAUCAUAUCAUGAUCAUAUCCUUUGUAGAAAUAAAAUUUUAUAGUGGAGGGGGAAGACUUCCCUCUGCCAUUCUAGGAAGUCCACGCUUUAAUAUCAUUACUCUGCCAGCAUUUCGAGAUACCCAACUGGCUGAUUGGGUGAGAUAGAUCAUAAGGCGGUGCUGCACCAUCCCGAGUUUGCCCAAUCUCGAGAUUUUAGCCCGAUCAGCCCUCUUCGCGAUUAAUCUCGAGAUUCAAGAAACCCCGUCUCCACCAUCGCAAGGAGAGCGAUUCCUGCUCGAGCGAGGCAUCGAUGCAUUAUGGUCUGACGCCGUGAAUAAAUAAUCCCGAGUGCAAAUAAUCCCAAGUUGACUUGGGAUUGCAAUCUCGAGAUUAAUCCAACGAACUAGCGCGAUAAUUGCGUCUCCAUUGCAAAUAAUCUCAAGAUUGUUCAGAUCGGGAUAAUUUGCCGGAUCAGAAAUAGCGCGCUAAUUUGAAAACUCGGGAUGGUGCAGACGGCCCUAUAGAGGUGGUCAGUAAGCUAUCAUUGAGCUACCAUAUGGUCAACCAAAAUGAACAUGAUAGAUCUCAUGCAUGUAUUU